UUUUCCUAUAGAUGACAUCCUCCCUAUUGAGAGAGAGAAACCCUAGGGUUUUUCUUAUUUAGCCUGCAAAUCUUCACGCCAUUAAGGCUCGGAGCCCAUCAAAACAAAGAGAAUACAAGUUCCAUUUCUCAUAAUCCUAGAGAGAGAGAAAUUUAAGGGUUUUUUUUUGUCCCCCUAAAAUCAAAGUCCCAGAGAUUAGAAUCUAGAAAGGGAGAGCUUCUGAAAUCUUAGAGAGAGAAAAUCCUCUCCUUUCCCUUGCAUAGAGAGACCCGAUAUUGCAUCUUUCCCUGAACGUAAAGCCUCAAAGUUUAGAAUCUAGAGAGAGAGAGAGGGAGAGGGAUUCCAAGGUUGCAUAUUUCCUUGAAAACGAAGCCCCGUACCAAGCUUUUCUCCAGGAGUCAUCAAUGGCGGCAGGUAUGUUUACUGUCCAGCAAACCGUAGGUCGCGUCCUCUGUUGCAUAUGCGGUAUUUCCAUGGUCCCAAACGCUGCAAAUAUGUGCGUUAAUUGCCUUCGAUCACAAGUUGACAUCACAGAGGGUCUGCAAAAACAUGUUAUAAUUCUCCAUUGUCCUGAAUGCAACUCUUAUCUCCAACCCCCAAAGACAUGGGUCAAAGCUGAGCUCGAAUCGAAAGAAUUGCUAACCUUUUGCGUCAAAAGGUUGAAGAAUUUGAAUAGGGUUCGACUGGUUAAUGCUGAAUUCAUUUGGACUGAGCCCCAUUCUAAGAGAAUCAAGGUCAAAUUGAAGAUUCAGAAGGAGGUUCUUAAUGGGGCAAUCCUAGAACAAGCCUAUACUGUUGAAUUUGUUCAACAAGAGCACAUGUGUGAACCUUGUACUAGGGUUCAGGCUAAUCCAGAUCAAUGGGUGGCAUCUGUUCAGUUAAGACAACAUGUACCCCAUAGAAGGACCUUCUACUUUUUGGAACAGGUGAUUUUGAGGCAUGGAGCAGCUGUUCAAGCCAUAAACGUAAAGCAAAUCCAUAUGGGCAUUGAUUUCUUCUUCGGAAACAGGAGCCAUGCGGUGAAAUUUGUUGAUUUUUUGGGUAAUGUUGUUCCUACAAAGACCCGUAACGAUAAGCAGCUGGUUUCACAUGACAUCAAGAGCAACAAUUACAAUUAUAAGUAUACUUUCUCUGUCGAAAUUUGCCCAAUUUGUCGAGAAGAUCUUAUUUGUCUACCGCCGAAGGUUUCUUUGAGUUUGGGGAACUUGGGUCCUCUUGUUUUGUGCUCAAAAGUUAGCAAUAACAUUAUACUUCUUGACCCAUUUACUCUAAGGCAUACUUUCUUGGAUGCAAACCAAUAUUGGAGGAGCCCCUUUAGGCCUUUAUUAACAAGUAGGCAGCUAGUUGAAUAUGUGGUUUUGGAUGUUGAAUUAGAGACUAUGGUGACAAAUGUGGGUGGAACAAAAUAUUCUCUAGGAGAAGCGCAGGUUGCUCGUGCAUCAGAUUUUGGAAAGAAUGAUUUGAUCUUCACUAUAAAAACCCAUAUUGGCCAUCUAUUGAAUCCUGGCGAUUAUGCACUUGGUUAUGAUCUUUAUGGGGCAAAUACUAAUGAUUUGGACUUGGAGAAGUACAGAGGAUUUAGUCUUCCUGAUGUGGUUUUGGUGAAGAAGAGUUAUGAGGAGAAGAGGCAGAAGAAGAGAGGAAAAGCCCGUCCAUGGAAGCUUAAGAGCUUGCCCAUGGAGGUGGAGAAUAGUGCAAAGGUGAAAGGUGAAGAGGCGAAGAGAAAUAUGGAGUAUGAGAGAUUUUUGGAAGAGUUGGAGGAGGAUCCUGAGAUGCGGUCAAAGGUUUCAAUGUAUAGGAACACAGAUUAUGCUCGGUCUGAGACAACUUCAAUGGCUGAUGGGGAUGAUCUUCCUUCUGUUCCUUUGGAAGAGUUGUUGGCUGAUCUCACUAUUGAUGAUGAAGAUGAUGGUGAUGAGGAUGAUGAUAAUGACAUGGUUGAGUAAUUUAUGAGAAGCAUGGUUGUCUCAUGUGUCAUAUAUGAAUAUAUGAUCUUUGAUCAUUAUAUGGUUCCACCAUGUAAUCUCUUUUUUUUCUCUCACUUCUGUUUUUCCUUUUAUUAAUUAGAUAUAUGAGUGUCUUUUGUGUUUGGCUUUUCUUGACUUGGUAUGUGAGGACCUGCUGAUGAGUUCACCAGAAUAUUCUUCUUAAGUAAUGAUGUUUAUUUGAUCUCUUAUGUGUUGAAAUAUGGAGUCAUCUAUGAAUAUAGAGUUUUGAAGCAUGUGUUUGUUCUUUCUUUGUGAUAGUUAGUGAAAUAAUGAAAGAUCAGUA